GCUAGCAGGGGAACUAGCAGUCAAUAGUUUCAAUGAUAACAUAGAAACAAGAAAAGUGACUGAACUAUACAUAUUACGUGUGGAUAAGAAUAGACUUCCGCGCCUCAUGCUGACCUGUCUUCCCACAGGAAAGAGAAGCUUUGACGCCUAAAGAAAUGACUGCGUGAUUAACAUCAAGGAGUCGCAGCGGACGGAAGCUCAAUGCAUGAAGAAGAAGAAGAAGAAGAAGAAGAUGAUGAUGAUGAUGAUGAUGAUGAUGAUGAUGAAGAAGGACUAGCAGGGGGAGAAUUUCAUAAUGGUAAAUACAGAGUACGGUAUGCCAAAGGCUGGCGUUUUUCAAUGUCUGUGGUUUCUGCAAAGAUUCAUAGAACUCUUUGGAACUUCCGACGCUACUCUUGUAUAUUUACUUCCUCAGAGUCUGUCAUAAAAAAUGGCUUAAAAUACCGAAACCAUCUGCAUCGCAGCUGAUAGUCCAGCAGAAUUAUUUUAAAUCCAGUGGAGAGAUAUACUGAAAUGUGACGUGACAAUGUCUCUUAAAGUUAUUGUUUGAGCAGUUGAAGUACAGUAACAAUUCGAUGUUUUGUUUCCUGCAAACAAUAAAUUUCAGUUACUCUGUACAGAGCCAAGCACUGUUAUAAUCAAACAUCGGAUUUCCAGCAACCAAUGUGACUACCUGUAGACCAUUGUGAAAAUAUAAUUUAUUUUUAGAAGUUAAACUAAACUACAUUAUAAAGCCGGAGUUUCACACCAUGCCAGUGCGUCUCGCAAAGAACUUGCAGAACUGCUUUAAAUAAAAAGUAAUCAUACACAAAAUGUGACUUCAAAGCCACAUUGCGUAUGGAACUAA